AAAACAUUGACAUCUGUAAUGAACGUAACCUCAAUUUUCUAAAUUUUACGCCCCUUAUUUUAAUUUUAAUUUUUAUUCUUACGUACUGAAAACUAUCAAAAUGAUGCAACAGUACAUGAAAGAAUUAGAACAGGUAUAUUUCCUAAAUGAACCUCCUGGCCUCUUGGAGCCUUUCAAUGCCGAAGAAUUCGUGGAACGUUUAGCUUGGCGAACAAUUGCUGAGACAAAAAAUGAUGGCGAGGAAGAGGAGUUUAACCCAAAUUUGUUACAUGAGUCAUUCGUACAGGCCAUAAAAGACCUCACUCUUCUCCAAGAUCGUCAGCAGAAGAAAUGUGAAAAGUUGGAGAUGGCCGUCAGAGAAGACGAAGCAAUGUUUUUCCAGGAAAUUUAUAAUUUGUUGGAGCAAAACAAACAAGCUAUAGACACCUUCCAAGAACUGGAUGGUAAAAUAAACCAUGUUGCCACUAAAGUUUUGCAUUUGGGAGAUCAACUUGACAGCGUUAAUGGUCCCAGGCUUAGAGUUGUCGAUGCCCAACGUUUGAUGACUCAUCUGAAUGAGUUUCUAACCACUGGACCGCCAUCCUCAGCAAUAUUCACUGAUCCCUAUUUAAUAGAUGAGGCUGCAGAUAUGAUUCAAAAAUUGUACAUGAUAUCCCAAGAUUUGCCUUCCAAAUUUGACAGUGUUAAACGUAAAAUAGAACGAAAAUAUUGUGAUAUCGAAAAAAGCUUAAUCGAGGAAUUUGUGAACGCAAUGGCUAACGAAGAUCUAGAUCGAAUGAAGGAAAUAGCCAGUGUCUUAUCACAAUUCAAGGGUUAUUCUCAGUGCAUUGACGCUUACAUCGAUCAAAGUCAAGUGGGAUGCCUUUCGACCAAAGACGUGUUUGGCCAUCUGUUGACUUUGUGCAAAUACAACAAUGAUAUAAUCAGAAGGGUUUUCAACAAUCCUGAACAGGUUAUGGCCAAGUUUGUCCUUAACAUCUACCAGUUGAAAAUCGUGGAGUAUAUCGACCAAAGAUUGGGCCCCAAUCUUGGCAGUUACAAUUACCUACAAACUCUGUUUGAACUCUAUUCAAAAACUAACCAGCUAUCGAGUAACUUGAGCACCUUCAAUUUAGGAAACGACAAAAACUAUUUGACCAAGCUUACUACGAAUAUUUUCAAUAAAUACGUAAACGAAUAUAUUACGAUAGAAUUGAAAUGCCUCAAAGAAAGAUGUUCCGCCAAUUUACAAAAGUAUUAUGAAUCCAAACACCACCAGAAAAAACAGAUCCAGUCUGGAGGAUUCCAAGACCUGCGAAGGGACUUACAAGCAGUCAUAGGUACCAGAGCCAAUAUAAACAUUGCGCAAAUAGAAAACUAUGGAGGCGAGACUUUUUUGUCAGAAGAAGUUGCCAUCAUGAUACUCCAAGAUACCAAGCAAGCCUUCCAACGUUGUCAGUUGUUAUCAAAACCUAAAGAGAAAGAAUCAAAUGCUACACAGAUUUUGGACAGACUUAUCAACAGCCUUUUGAUCGAACACGUAGAUUACGCCGUAGAAUUAGGACUCCAAGCUGUCCCAGUUGUCGAAGGCGCUAAAAGUCCUCCAGUUCUCUAUUUUUUUAACGUAGUUCAUCAGAGUAACAAUAUUACGCACUUGAUGGAGAAGCAGUUCACAGAUCUGGUCGUGCCUCUAGUCGAGAAUACACCAAAAUAUAAUGACUGCAUACAGAAGAAAAAGUUUGUUUUGGAAGACAUUGAAAGGAAAAUAAAUACAGGCUUGGACAGAUGUCUCAAUGCCGUUGCUACUUGGGCAAAACUGUACCUGCAAACGGAACAGAAGAAGAGUGACUUCAAACCUGAGACUGACGAUUUUGACACAGUAGCGUCUUCAGCCUGCAAAACCGUUCUGAACUACGUUAAAAGAAUAAUCAAAGAGAUAAAGGCCAGUUUAGAUGGAAAUAAUGUAACGGCAGUUCUUCAGGAGUUGGGAAUACGGUUACACAGGGUGGUGUAUGAACAUAUGCUACAGUUUCAGUAUAAUACCGCAGGUGCUAUGGUGGCCAUUUGCGAUCUUAAUGAGUACCGUUCAUCAACUAAGACUCUGGGACCUCUGGUUACGGAACUAUUCGACACGUUACAUUCUCUUUGCAACCUGCUACUGGUGAAACCGGAGAAUCUACAGCAAGUCUGCUCGGAAGACACCUUGGCUAAAUUGGAAAGGCCGAUUCUCCACAACUUUAUACAGCUCAGAAGCGAUUUUAAAGUACAAAAACAAAUGAUUUUGAAUUUUUAGAUAGGGCAUUCCCAAAGUGUUCAUUCUUAGUUAGAUAUAAAUCUGAAGCUUUAAUUUAUUUUACUGUAAUUAUUUGAAUUGUUGUUUUUUGAAUUAUUAUUUACAUUUUAUAUUGAAAAUAUAUACUUUUAUAAACCAA